CGGAAGUCCUGGGAGCAGGAAGCUAGAGGGAGUGGGAGGGCACACGCAUGCGUGUUGUACGCAGGAGGCCCAGCGUGAGGCCCCGAAGAGACCCCAGUACGUCGUGAGCUAGGGUUACCGCGGAAAAGAAGCCACUGCACCCCACAGCCACGUGGGGUAGGUGGGGGGCAGGGUUCGUUGGUCCAGGAGAAGGUGAGAUGCUCCACGCCCUGCCCCCACCAUCCGUUCCCUCCCUCCCUAACCUCAACUGCCCACCCUUGCCUCGUCUCCUACCCUAGGCCACCUCGCUGGUCCUGUGACUAGGCCCUAAGUCCUGGUAGCUCCGCCGUUGCCCUUUCUGCUUUCCCGAGGACACAAUGGACCCCUGGGGGCCAGCCCCCCAGCCUUUCCAGCGGUCUGAGAAACCUGGUCGUGUGCGCCGUCGGAAGACCAGGCGGGAGCGCAAUGAGGCCCUGAUGGGCAACCGCCGGCCAUUGACCCGUCAGGAUCCUCCUGUGGCCAGUCAGGAUCUCUCUGUGGCCCCUACCGCUCCCAAGCUUGUGGUCAUAACCCAGGGCCGGCUGAGCCGGGAGCACCGGGGUCUCUUCAACCAUGAAGUGAAAUCUCUGGACGUGGCACGGCUGCUUAGCUGUGAGUCCCUGGAGCCAGGCACCCCUUCAUUCCCCACCAAACCCUCCCCAAGCCCAAGCCGGGCCCAAGAACCGGCCCUGCAGUCAAGGGGCAAGGAGAACCAGGUUCCUAGAGGCUCGGGCCCAGGCCCACCCAGUCCCCCAGAGAUCCCUGGCUUGGGACAGCUGCUGGAGGAGCUGCAGUGCCAGCUGAUUCUGCCACAGGCCUUCCCCAGGAGGAACCUAGUGCAAGAAGCCAGGGAUGCCAUUGUGGGCACCUUACAGUCCUGCCAUGGCUGUGUGCCUGACCUCACCCUGGUGCUCCAUGACUUCCAGCCAUCCUUACCAGGGACCAAGCCUGGAGGCCCUGAAAGCCAAAGGAUGACACCCUCCUGGAUCAGCAGCCCCGAGCAGGCCCUAGGGGAGGGGAGGCAGAGGAGGCAACGGAGGACAAAGGAGCUUACCUUUGCUAUUUCUCAUACCUCCAGCACUCCCAUGGUGCACAGGGUGAGCCUGGCACCGCCAAAAGGUCCCUGGCCACCACCCUUGCCCUUGUUGCCUUCACCAUCCGGGGCAGCCUGGGGCCCCCCAACAGCCUUUGACCUGCUGAAAAGCAUCUGGCUCGUAGCCACACCGCCCCCUCCCCGGCCCUGGGGGGUCGGGCCGCAACAACCCCUGCUUCAGCCACCAUCACCCUUGUUGCCUGGAACCUCUGCCCUGGACUGGAGCCCCAGCCCUCCUGCCCCACUGCCCAGCCUCUCCUGGGUAGUGGCCCAGAGCAGCCCAGAGGCCUGGUCCUUUCCACCCAUGAGACUGUACUGAGGGGGCUGAGGCUGGGCCGGGGGUACUCCUAAUCACCUCAAUAAAGUACCUUC